AUGUCAGGCUCACUCAAUACCCACCUCCUCGUCCCCCGCAGGAUACAUCCGGCCCUUGACAGAUCCUACGCACCAAGCAAGUCCUUCCUGGUCACCGAGCAACUGCCGAAAACUCACUGGGUCGUCCUGGACCUGCCACUUGCUCCAAGUCCACUUGACACAGAAGCCUUCCUCGACGCCGCAGCAGCCGCAGCAGACAAAGACACCAGUCCCAUUAUUCUCCAACCCGCCGCCGCGAAGACCGCGAAUGCGCUGGUCAUCGAGGUGCGCGGGCAUUUCCGCGACGAGAAGGACAUACGCGCCGCAGCUCAGCGCCAGGUGUGUAUCCUGGACCAGCUCGUGCGCGGCCACUACGUGGAGUUCGGGCGCGAGUUGUUGGCAUGGAUGAAGGAGGUCGCGGCUGCGUGGGCGGUGCGCGAAGAGCGAGUCAGAUAUGAGGAGGCGCUUGCCAAGGCGUGGCCCAAUAAUGGGAUUUAUAUCCCGGCCACGCCUUCGAAUAAGUCGCGCACGUCGAGCCGAUCCAGUAAGCGCAGCAAGGCGUCGCAAUUGUCAGACUCCGGCUUUGUGAGUGCCGGGCCAAGCAAGUCUCGCAAGUCUCGACUGUCGGGGUCCAGGUCUGGAGGUCCUGGUCCGAGUCAGCCAUUGCAGUCGCCGACUAGGGCGUCUGGAGAGGCCGGGCCGAGUAAUCCAUCUCAAAAGUGGAGUUCAGUUGCAGGCCCAAGCAACGUUUCUCAAUCGUCGAUUGGGGCGGCCCAGCCAUUAAGCCCAGCGUUUAGACCGUCAAGUUCUGGAUUUGGAGGUGUAAGUCCUAGUCGGACAAGUCACAUUUGUUGGAAACCUCAAUCGAUAUCUCGAUUGUCAGUCCUGGAGCCUGUUGGUGCGAGCCAGUCGCGGUUAUAG